AUGUCUGCCUUUCAGAAACCCCCGCAGAUGGCCCUUCUAGAUUAUGGUGCGACACGAUCUGUACAUGACGAUGCCGCCGCUUAUCCCUCGUACGGUCAGACCUCGUAUGUGACCACUCCGCUCGUCCCUUCUCCCAUGGGGGAUCAGGCGAGCCAAGUAUCCGACUGCGUGCCAUACCUGGCUGGCGGGGACUAUGCCAGCUCUUACGGCGAUGCCAGCUCCCCCAUGCUUGGUGGCGAUGGUAGCACCCCGAUGCCAGAGGUCGUUUCUUACACCCCUCAGAGAGGCGGCGAAGAGACCACUGUCUUUGUACAGAUCCAGUCCCCUUACGACCUUCACUCCUCGACGGUGCCAAUCACCUUGGUUUUUGGUUCUAAGAGGUGCGAAUGCAUUCCCCACCUUCUCGGCGCUCAAGGCUCGUUGUCCCAGUAUGCCAUCUCCGCUCAAGCCCCGCCCUUCAUUUCCACCGGAUCUCAUUCGUUUGCGGUGCCAUUGCAAGUGGUCAUCAAUGGCCAACCCUCGACCACGCUCCAAGUCGGUGUAUACACAUACGAACAAGUUUCUCAAUCUUCGCCAUCGGAUGCAUCACAGAAGAAGCGAAGAAUCUCGUCCUUCGAAGAUGACGACGUGUCCCAACCAAUCAAGCGCCUUGCAGGACCUCCGAUUAGCGCCCGAGACUCACAGCAAGACGUAUAUCCGUACUGUGAAAGUCGUUCGACAUCGUUCUCACCCUAUUUACAGAGUAUUCCCGCUGUGAACGGCUUCGCGGCGCCUUACCGUCCCGCCUCUUCGCCCAGAGUGAACUCUUUUCAAUACUCCAACGUGUCGGCAACACCCCAGUCUGGCCUUCGAGCCCCCUCACCAUUGAUGCCUUCUUGGAGUCCGUCACUCAUGUCGAUGUCUAGCGAUAUCCGGAAUCCCGCCUUUGCUUCCAGCCACAGCCUACGUCCACCCCAGGGACAUUCCACGUCGACAGGGUCAAACCCCACGCUGAUUCGAACUUCGACUUUGCACCAGUCUAGUGGCUUCGGACAAACACAGUCUUUCAACCCGUACGCGAUGUACCCGACCAAGGCAGUGCUGAAGUUGAAUGGUGACCUUGACACCAUGGCGGAUAACUGGACCCAAGAGGAACAUGAUGCGAAGAGACGUCUGGUGCAGUUUACUCGUGCACAGAGCGGCAGCACCAUUCACGCCGACUUUGCCCCGGUCGCCCCGGAAAAGCGCGCGCCCAACAGUAUUUGCAUCAGCUGCAUCUACUGGGAGGGCAAGGAUGAGUGCUUUGUGACCAGCGUAGACACCAUAUACCUGCUCGAGUCGCUGGUCGGGGUGCGGUUCACCGUGGAGGAAAAGAACCGAAUUCGGAGAAAUCUGGAGGGAUUCCGACCUCUUACCGUUUCGAAGGCUAAGGCAGACAGUGAAGAAUUCUUCAAGGUUAUUAUGGGCUUCCCGGCACCGAAACCCCGCAAUAUUGAGAAGGAUGUCAAAGUUUUUCCUUGGAAAAUUCUUGGCCAUGCCUUGAAGAAGAUCAUCGGAAAAUACUCUGCAAGCUACUCGUCUACUGCCGCAGCUUUACCGACCUCAAUGGUGUCAAGUUACGGUCCUGGUUCCGACUCGGGAACGGAUCCCCAGAAUGCGGAGUCUCCCCAAUCCGUCUCCGACACAGCACCCUCUUAUGGUCCUACCAUGGUCACGUCUGCCUAUUCCUCUCCGGCAAACAUCCCCAUGACGCCCAUGACAGGAAAUUCCGACUACCGGACUGUUCUUCCGGCCGUCAGCCAGCCGUUCAACUCGAUGCCGGCUCCAUUCUCGUACCCCCCCGCUGUCUGUCAGCAGCAGAACCAAUACGCUCUUCCUACACCCAUCAAUCGGACUUCCUCGUGGGAUUAUAACGGAUACGUCAAUAAUCCAGCCCCAGUGAGUGCGGCUCCAAGCAAUACUUGCUAUAAUUAUAUGGCGCCAAUGUCAUAUCCUUUGACUGAUGCGCCAAAUGGAGCAUAA